UUCCGACUAAAUAUAUAUGGUGUCUUUUCUUAGUCCCCAUAAAUCGAAUUUUAAUGCGUGAGAUGUUGUAUUUACUUCUCUUGAAUAAAUAUUUGAAGCAGGCAGUUACUUGGAUAGCGCAUACCGGUGACGCCAGCAAACAACCGUUGGGGCAGGUGCGCCAUUUUGGCUCAAACAGUCAGAAUUUACUUUCUUUGCAAUUUCAUCUUUUUUGGCAUGCUGCGAACAUCGCUUAAUAUUUUUGUUAAUGGUUGGGAUGAGAUCAUGUUUCACCACAUUCUGUAUUUAGUGUUUUGUUUCCUAUGAGAACAAGUGUAACGUUCUGGUAGCAUUAGCCUCACCAAGCUAUAUGCUAGUUAGUUGUGUCGUUCGAUUGCAUCGCCAACAACACUGGCUGAUGGUUAGCUUGUUAGCUACAUUUAGCUGUUUUGACUUGUUAGCUCGCUAGAUAUGGGUGGGUGCUCCGCUCCAAAUUGCUCAAACUCAACAACCAUUGGGAAGCAACUGUUUCGUUUUCCAAAAGAGCCUAUACGUAAGAAGAAAUGGCUUGUAAACUGCCGGCGUAAUUUUCUACCAACUCCACAUUCCAGACUGUGUCAGAACCAUUUUGAGCUGAGUCAGUUUGAAGAAAUCGCCAGGUCGCCAGCAGGGGGAAAGAAGCUGAAACCAAAUGCCAUCCCCACUCUUUUCAAUGUGCGAGAUCCACCUUAUCCCGUAACCCCACAGAUAGUGCUACCACUCAAGCCAGAGCCAGUGGAGAGGGAUCUCAAUGUGGGGGAUCAUGGCUACGCACGACGGCAAACAACUCUGGGCAUGGAGGAAGAUGAUGCUGAUGAACUACACAAGGCAGAGGAACGUCCCUGCAUCCAUUGUCAACAUUACAGAACACUGCUGGAACAAGAAAUGCAACACACAGCCAGAUUACAGAAAGAGGUAGAGGGAAUGAAAAAGCGAAUGUUCAGACUGGACAGAAUAGAGAGGGGCCUCCAGACAUUUCUGUAUGAAGACCAGGUCCGCGCCCUGACACUGACCAAGCGUUCCCGGAGAGCUGUGUGGUCCCACGAGACAGUGCUGAAGGCCCGUAAGAUCCGAUGUGCGGUCGGUGGCAAAGGUUAUGAAUUCCUCCGGGAGUUAGGCUACCCCCUGCCCUCUUAUAGAACUUUAUGCAACCGCCUGGAUAACAAAAUCAUGUUGACGACAGCCAUGGGGUGUGAUGAGCUGGCAGAGCUAGGUCUAGGAAUCAUAUCCACAUGUGAUAGUCCAGAGGGAGAUGGGGACGAUGAGGCUUUCAUUGGAGUGAUCUCAUGAAAGAGAGAUUUUAAAUUAAUUUAUUUCAGUGUGUGUUUCAUUUUACAGGACAAUAUAGCAAAGACUGACUGUAUGACAGCUAGUAGGCCUAUGUGGUGAAGAAAAUGUGGAAGCAUAUGCACAAUGGGAGAUGUGUGUGUUAAUGCAGAGGUGUCAAACAUACGGCCCGGGGGGUUUGAGGAAAAAUAAGUAUAUAUUUUUUUAAUUGUUGGGGGGUAACAAACUCAAUAUACUUUAAAAUGACUAAAACCAAUUUUAAAUUAUUAUAAAGGACCUUUAUAUUCAUACAGUUUUAUGACUGUCUAGCUCGCUAAUAAAAGCUAGAUAGUUAGGGAGCAUUGAAAAUUCCAACAAUUAUGGAUUGAGGACUAUGUUAUCAAAUUUUCAGCGUGGCCCACCAGGCCAUGAUGAAGACCGGAUGUGGCUCCCAGGACAAAAUGAGAAACCAAGAACACGUUUUGAAGGGAUACUUCAGGACACGAAGACAUACAAAUGGUAUCCACAAGUUCAUCUGACAAUGGGGAAAUAGAUAAAGGGCCUCGUUGCUUUAAAGGGAUACUUCAGGAUUUUGGCAUUCUUGAUUUUGGACUUGGUUUCACAUAAGUGGUUUUCAGAAUGGUUUACUUAUGCUAAAAAAUGUGGUGUUUAUUUUGGUGAAGGAAACAUAAGCUCCAUCAAAACUAUAAAGAGCAGCAGUCUGCCUAAUGCUUUAAAGCUGCAAUAUCAAGCCACCUUUCUGUGCUCAAUAUGGGGCCAUAAUUCAGAAGCUAAUCAUUUGCUGUACUGCAGAUGGCCAUUUAUUUUAUUGCUGAGAAUGUUUGACAAAUACUAAGGAAGAGCAGAAUUCUAACCACUGUUUCCAGAGUUUGCAUUUGCCCCCCCAUUGUCACUUAUGUUAAGUGGACAAAUUGGAGGAGUAGGUUAUAUUUUGUCAUGGGAAUCAGUUUAGCUGCAUUUGGAAACUGCAGUGCAGUAUACAGCCUUUGGAGAACUGUGGUACCUGCAUUAUAUACUGGCUGCGUCCCCUGAACUCAGGCUGAAUAACCUGAGGCUUAUUUUGUUACAAUCACUAAUGGGAUGUUUGCUAGAAAGCAGAACCUCUUGGUGGGAGGAGGUUUGUAGACAACAUACUAAAGGGGCAGGCGAGCAUACCCUGAUUGAUCAAAACAAUGGUACUGUAGAAGAAGAAUAAAUCUAUAUUUUAAGUA